AUGACCUCCGCCCACGAGAAUAAACACCAAACCACGACGCCGAAACCUAUUCCAGCACCAACACGACAGGCGCUUUCCGAACAAUUACUACCGAGCGGUGGCGGCGGGGAAUCGCAUCCCAGCGCAAGCAGCAGAUUCCGAGGCAUAAGAGGCUCGUUCCGCCACAGGCGACAAGAGUCGCGAAAGACGACGUCGUCGACCCAGAGCCAACCACCACCGCCACCGUCGGGCACAAUCUUUACAUCUCCUACCGUACCCUUUCAUCCGCAGAAGCAGUAUCAAAGACACACUACGGAUGCCGCUCGCCAACCCGCUGGAGCGGCCAGAGCUGGCAAACAAGAGGUGCCCGGGCGGGUUUCGCAGUUGGUCGCCCCCAUGGAAGAUAUGAGCGUGUCUUACUAUGCUCACAAGCACCACCCGUGGAGCGACGUGGGCUUUUAUCCCGUACCAUGGGCACAGCCCCUGGACAUGAAUACUGCCAAGAAGAAUGAACAUAUACCUGUCCGGAGGUCGAAACCGGCGCCGAGAAGAGUAAAACCAGAUAACGGACCGCCAAUAUCAAACCAGAACAGAGAGACUGAUCGCCAAAGUAGCACUGCUAAUUAUUCUUCGAGACCUGAUACGGCGAUGUUGGUUUCGCCGGCGGCCUCAAUGGCCCAAUUGAGCACCAUGUCAAUGGGCCCGCGAAGCAUCAUGAUCGGCUUCGACGGCGCCUUUGGGCGUGAACUCCCCAUGGAACGUUUCAAAGAACACUGGGCGCCCAUAUCCAUGGCUGACAUGUCGAGUGGCAUAAUAGCAGACCUCGGCGCCCUCGAUGGCGGGAGCGUGCGCUAUCACGACACCCUGAAUGCGGUAUACGAAGACCUGCCCGUGCUUCUGCCGUCGAGUGUGUACCGUCGAGAGUCCGGUCCGACAAGGACAGCGGUUCCCUCAAGACCGGCUACCACUACUCCCAAAAUGCCCUUGGCGCGGCCUCGCUACUCGAGCAGGUCCACAAUCACGGAUUCGCCCAGCGAUGCCGAGACGGACCCGCUGUCGGGCGCGAUCUGGGAAGAUGAGGUUCCAGGUAGUGCAAAUGUGCCGGAUCUGGUGCCUCCCACGGGGUCAAGUAUUGCCACUGAUUUCAAGACGUUUACACCAAUCGACAAGGCGCUUCCCGAUACACCAGGCUUGCUCUGUCCCGGGUGCAUGAUUGGUGGCAAGAGACCGCGUCCCUCCAGCCGUGGAACGCCCCGAGAGGAACACCGGGGAACUCUGCAAUACUCCGAGGAGCGGGAAAGCGGCUUCUGUAAUGCUUGUCGAAAUAGCGACCUGGUGCCAAACAUCAGUCGCUUUACUCUACCGGGCCUAACCGACCAAACGAACCGUACAGCAGAAAGUCCACCGGGCAACCAGACGGCCAGUAACGAGACCAAGAAGGAAGUCCAUGUCCCUAUAGGAACUAAAUCACACGUGCUCGACAGCAGGUUCAGGUUGGGUAAAACAAAAGAGAGCACUUUGGCCAGCCGGAGACGGCUUCAGGUCGAAGACGAACCACUGCGCCCAGGAUCCGCUCCACCACGGCAGAAAACAAGGAUAAGUCACAUUGCCGAAUGCCAAAUCUCUAAUGCUUCCCCCCUAGAUGUGGUAGAUGGAUCCGAUUCCGACUAUGGCGAACCAUCACCGGCGAGCGGAACCAUGCAGCAGUUUGGGGCACUCCCGUCUCACUUUAGUCUCGGCGGCGACGGCUCGAUCCAACCGCUUCGCCUGCUGACAAAAGGGGCAGAGGGCAAUAUGAUGAGCCCGAAUCCCAAGUUUAGACGCAGCAUUCGCGGGAACAGCGUGGUAGUCAAUGAGAUCAACGGCAUGAUUGAGGACUGGGAGGCCGACAUCUUCAAGGAUUACGGAGCGCUCAGUCCCAUAGACACGUCAAAAGCACUUGUAUCGCCCUCAUUGAGCCUCUUGGAAAAGUCGCUGGUCAAUCUGAAGAGACAUACUGACAUGUCUUCUCUGAAAUCAGCCGACUUGGAAACAGUAACACCAAGGACUCGAUUCUACAAUCACCACAAGCGAGCCAACGGUGAUUUUUGA